UCCAUGGAAAAUGUAAUCCUGAAUCUGCUAACACACUACCUUUUGAGGGAUGUAUUGUUAUGAAGAAUGGAGACUCCAGUGAGAAAUCAUCACUCUAAUGCUUUCCUUAAGGAAGGAACAUAAAUGCUCAAGAUGGGAAGUAACAGCACAAACAGUACAAGAGCAAAGUGCACUGAUCUUCAAAUGCCAUUUCAGUACUCCCUCUAUGCAACCACCUACGUCCUCAUAUUCAUCCCUGGUCUUCUUGCCAACAGUGCAGCCUUGUGGAUUCUGUGCCGCUUCAUCAGCAAGAAAAAUAAAGCCAUCAUUUUCAUGAUCAACCUCUCUGUGGCUGACCUUGCUCACGUUCUGUCCUUACCCCUCCGGAUUUACUAUUACAUCAGCCACCAUUGGCCUUUCCAGAGGGCCCUUUGCCUGCUGUGCUUCUACCUGAAGUAUCUCAACAUGUAUGCCAGCAUUUGCUUCCUGACGUGCAUCAGCCUUCAGAGGUGCUUCUUUCUCCUCAAGCCCUUCAGGGCCAGAGAUUGGAAGCGUAGGUAUGAUGUAGGCAUCAGUGCUGCCAUCUGGGUCAUCGUGGGGACUGCCUGUUUGCCGCUUCCAAUUCUGAGAAGUGUUGGCUUAGCCAACAACACUGAGUCCUGCUUUGCUGAUUUAGGGCUUCAACACAUUAGCAUGGCUUCCUCCAUUGGCAUGGUAACUGUAGCUGAACUUGGAGGAUUUGUACUGCCAGUUGUAAUUAUUACUUAUUGCACAUGGAAAACAAGAAAAUCUUUACAGGAAUUCCAAGUUCCCCCUCAGAAUAUCAAAGAGCGAAAAAAGGCUUUGUGGAUGGUCCUGAUGUGUGCAGUGGUGUUUAUUGUAUGUUUCACCCCUUACCACCUCAACUUCCCAUUCUUUAUGAUGGUUAAACAACACGUCUUUUCAAACUGUUCAUUUAUUAAGAGCACUCUCUAUUUCCACAUCAUUUCCCUGUGUCUCGCAAAUCUGAAUUGCUGUCUUGAUCCAGUUGUAUAUUACUUUAUGACCUCAGAAUUUCGUGAUAGAUUUUCGGAACAUGGUGGCUUGGUUCUUCAGUCGUGUGUGAGAUGCAAGGACAGUGGUUUGGAAAUUCAUCACAGGAAGGAGGAUCUUCAAACUAUCUCUCUUGAACUUUUGGAUGAUUCCAAAACAAUGUAAUCAAAUACUUAGCUUAGAAUA